UGUUGAGUUAAAUGCGACUUCAUAUAUUGUCUUUUGUCAGUGUAUUUGUUAUAAAUGUAGUGUGCUCAUUCGGAUGGCGGUUUCCGGUAUUCGUCUCGGUCUAUAGACCUAUGAAUCCUCCAGAAGGAUUUCGCUUAUUAGCGCACAAAACCGGUACUGGAAGUACGAAGAAUGGAAGAGAUUCUAACCCAAAGUUUUUGGGUAUUAAGAAGAGCCAUAACAGUUUUGCCUUCAUUGGCAACAUAAUUGUACGCCAGCGCGGUGCUAAAUUCAAGUGUGGAAUUGGUACUAAAAUGGGCCGUGACCAUACCAUAUAUGCUGCAACGAACGGCCGAGUGCAAAUAUUGAACCAUCGUGUAUCGGUACUAGAUCUCAGUGCUGAGCGUGAUAUGCUCUCCCGACAUACUUCUAGUAGUUAUUUUAUGCAGCCAACAUUAUAUACGCUAAGUCAGCUCUGGACUGAUAAAGCUGAUAAAGUCAAUAAAUGAUGGCACCUCAAAACACUCAU